AUGGCUUACCCAACUAAGUUAAUAAAUAUACGAUCUGCUUCUUUGACAAAGCAAUCUGUUUUACAAGUCGAGUUCACCAGGUUUGACCUAAACGGAAGCUUUACACAAAGUAUUGUGAUAAACGAAAUAGUUCUAAAGAAACAAGUAAAUAACGUUGAUAUAUGUUAUGAAGCCAUACCAACCUCACCCACUGUUGACCACGCCCUGAUCACUAUCAUUAUAAUCGUCAGUGACUCUACGGCUAAUGAGAUAAAUGUGGCAGCGACAAUAUCCACAGAUAAUUGCGUGACCUUCGCCGACCCAGCCCUCACUGUGGGUGAUAACAUCGUCCUCGAACUUCAGUUGUAUUCAUCAACAGACAGUAGUUCGCUACUCGGGCAAGGUUCUAUCGCCUUCAUCAUGGAAGAUUAUCAAGACUUGGCAACGUGCACGAGCGUCAGUAAGUUUAGUGAUGGAAUGUAUCGGCUGGUGUGUGAGCCUGUGGUGAAGGAAGGUGACAACAUCAUGGUUGACAAUACGCAGAUGGAUAUUCUUGGGUCGUCUGAUUACGGGAAGAACACACAUUAUGUAAUACUUAAAGAUGUACCCACUGACGCUGCGACUCUCAAGGUCUACCGUGACAUCUCUGACGUGACGGUGAAUGAUGACACUAAAGGACCUGUGAGAGUGACGCGGGGUACAGUAACUAUCUCUGACACUCCAGCUCCAAGUGAAAUAUUUACAGCUUUGACUCUAGCAUAUGAAACUCCUAGAGUGGAAGUAACAACUGACACCACCACUAGUACAAAUUUUGAUAUUGUAAUUUAUUGGACCAAAGAUGUAACGGACGGUACAUAUAACGUGGCUGCAUGUCCCGACAUUAAUGUUGCUGUUGAUCCUCUGUCUUGUGAUGCAACAGAAUAUACAACAGGAACCAGUCUUGUGAAUGUUCUCUUAGUUGGUUACACAGAUUCCACUGAUAAUGUGUUAGAAUCAGACGUUCAAACACUCCAAGAUUACUACAUCACAGGGAGCUUCGUGUCCAGCAGUACCAUCGAGUGGCAAUGGACUAUGGAGCCACAAACAAAGUCACCAGUAAAUGAGUACUUGGCUACCAUAUUACCAGAAGACGAGAGCGACCCGUCUCCUACUUUCAUUACUGCUGAAGUGACCUGUGACACCUCAGACAUACAGUGUUACGUCUUCUUCCUGGGGUUGACGAGCACCAACCAUUACGCAGUGAUGAUACAGCCUAAAUCUGGAAAUGAUUAUGACUCGCUGAAUCAGGUCAUUUCGGAGAAGGUAACAGGUGGUACAUCAGCAUCACGAGGGUUGAGAGUAUCCAGUGACCAGUUGCGAGUGGAGGAAGUUGAACUGGACUGGAGAAGAGAUGGCGUGAGAGUGGACGUUGGAGUGUGUUUCCAUUAUAGGGACGCCACAGUGGACGAUACAGGACUAACACAGUACCAGCUGGUGUUGGUGGACGCAGAGGGACGCUGGCGCCGCGUCCAUGGAGCAUCACAUACCAGGGAGGGUCGCCUUUGUUUCUCAAGAGUAACUCUGGACUCCCGUCAGUUCAACACUGCUGAAGAAGUAACUGUGUUGGUCAUCAAGAGAGACGUGGAUGGUCGUACUGUCCUGGCCAGCGGGGAGUCUCACGUAUUCUUCAUCACUCCUAAAGUGGAAGUGGUGAGUGCCACGGGGUCUGGUUUUCGUGGGAUAAACCUGGAGGGUACACCGUCAGUACCAGGAAGGAGAGUCAUCCAGCCCCCGUCACUGACACCACAAGUGAGGAGGACAGGGGACAAACUGGUGGUUAAAGCAGAUGCGUCUGGUGUCAAGAUAGAAGCAAUGGUUCCUCUGACUCGUGGGGAAGUAACUGCAGAAGACAUUCAGUCGGUGAUCAUAAACGAAGUAAUUAUGAAUAAGGAGCAGCCAACAAGCAGCUUCCAGAUAUGUUAUGAAGACGUGCCGAGUUUAUCAGAGACAGUCACACUCGCCGAGAUCACUGUCGUUAAAUUUGAUGACACGCCUCAGACCACCAUAGUAGCGACGACCGUGGACCCGUGUCCGACCUUCGACGACCCGACCAUCACUGAAGGUAGCAGAGCUGUGUUUGAACUUCGAUUGUAUGCCGGAGAGGCCGGAAGUUAUGUCCAAGUCGGGAGAAGUUCUCUCGACUUCACUAUGCCAGUUCCCAAUGAACUACAUAAAAAUCACCUGGUACCCCAUCCCAACCAGGUGAUUUCCUCAGCGCCUGUCCCUGAACAGCCUUGUAAACCUCCUCCUCCGAUAUGUAACCCUCCAUGUCCUCUCGAUCCACGUCUCUCAAAUUCGCCACUAUGCCAUGCAGUAAAGCUUCCCUCCCCUCUCGAUUACCCUCUCUACCCUUCCAUUUUCUCUCAAACCAUUGGUCUGCGUAGGUCCCUAUGCUCUCAUUAG